AUGGGACAAAGAGGAUCCGCGUCGCGAAAGGGACAAUGCGGUUUGGGCCGCUUUGUGGCCGCUGCGAUUCUGUGCAGCGCGGCCUCCGCCAAUUUGAGAUAUUCCAUUUCCGAGGGCGUCGACGAAGGAACCGCCGUGGGAAAUGUGGCCAAGGAUCUCGGGCUGGAUAAAGGCACACUCAAAGAAAGGAAGUACCGCGUGGUUUGGAGCGGCGCCGACCCUCUUUUCCACGUGAAUCCGAACGAUGGCGUCCUCUAUGCGAGCCGCCAAAUUGACAGAGAGGAGGUGUGCGCACAGAGCGCGACCUGUUUAAUUAACUUAAAAACAAUUCUGGAAAACCCACUCGAGGUCCACUACGUGGGAGUGGACGUGCUGGACGUAAACGACCACGCCCCGAGUUUCCAGGAGAAGCAGAAAAAUAUUGACGUUUCUGAGUCUGUUUUGCCGGGAGCUCGCUUUCAGCUGAAACCGUCACGUGAUCUUGACAGCGGCCCGUUGUCCGUGCAAAAUUAUAGACUCACUCCAAAUGAUCAUUUUCGUUUGGAGGUCAAAGACAAAGGGAAAGAUGGCAAGAUACCAGUCUUGGUUCUGCAGAAGUCACUGGACAGAGAGGCAGCGAGCAGCCACUCCUUAGUGCUGACGGCUGUGGAUGGAGGAAAGCCGCCCAAAUCUGGAGACAUGAAUAUAUUGAUAACUGUUUUAGAUGUCAAUGAUAACGCUCCCGUGUUUUCUCAAGAUAAUUAUUCUGUGAGGCUGCAAGAGAAUGCGCCUGUGGGCACAACAGUGCUGCAAGUAAAUGCAACUGAUUUGGACGAUGCUCAAAACGGGGAUGUAAUUUACUCAUUCGGUGACAGUGUCAGUAACGGUUUAUUACAACUUUUUGACAUUAAUCGCCAAACAGGAGAGAUCAUUGUCACUGGUGUCAUCGACUAUGAGGAGAGGGAGGCGUAUGAAAUUGAAAUUAAAGCAUCAGAUAAAGGCUUUGCCCCGCUAACAGCAGAAAAAAGUGUUGUCAUCGAAAUAGUUGAUGUGAACGACAAUGCACCUGAGAUCGAAGUCACGUCAUUCUCCAGCUCCAUUCCGGAGGAUUCCAGACCAGGAACCACAGUUGCUCUCAUCAGUGUCAACGACCGGGAUUCUGGCCCGAACGGGAAAGUCAUUUGCUCCAUAAGCCAGGAUCUUCCUUUUGCCUUGUCGCCGUCAUUACAAGACAAAAUGUAUUCUUUAGUGACCAAAUCCCCCCUGGACCGGGAGAAAAGGUCCACGUACGACAUAUCGGUGGUUGCCAGAGACGCCGGACGACCCGCACUCUCGUCCGAGAAGACGAUAAGCGUUUACGUUUCAGAUGUCAACGACAACAGGCCCGAGUUUGCCUUCAGUCCUUACACUUUCUACGUCGCCGAGGGCAACAAAGCGGGCGCCUCCGUCUUUUCCGUCCAAGCUUCUGACCGCGACGAUGGCGAGAACGCUGCCAUCACAUACCGGAUUCUCAGAGAAGGGAGAGAAGAAAAUAAGCCGUCUUCGUUUCUGAGUAUAAAUAGCCAAAGCGGAGAAGUCACAGCGCUGAAAAGUUUUGACUUUGAGGCGCUGAAAAGCUUCCAGUUCCAGGUGUCGGCCACGGACGGCGGACGCCCACCGCUGAGCGGCAACGUGACGGUCAAGGUGUUCAUUCUGGAUCAGAACGACAACGCUCCGGUCAUCGUGUAUCCGCUCAGCUCCAACGGUUCCGCCCAAGGCGCGGAGGAGAUUCCCCGCAAUAGCAAAGCGGGAGACUUGGUGACCCGAGUCCGAGCCUACGACGCCGAUACGGGAUAUAACGGCUGGUUACUGUUUUCGCUGCACCCGCCGGGCGAGCGCGCUCUCUUUUCUUUGGACCGCUACACGGGCCAGAUCAGAACCCUUCGCUCCUUCACGGAGACGGACGGGGCCGAGCAUCGGCUGCUGGUACUGGUCAAAGACAACGGCGACGUUUCGCUGUCGGCGACGGCUACCGUCACCGUCAAACUGGCGGAGCCCAAAGAGGCUUUCGCCGCUUCCGACCACGUCCAAAGUGCGGCCGAAGCGGACCGCAGCGAGGACCGGCUGACUUUUUAUCUGGCGCUGACUUUGGGCUCGGUCUCGUUGCUUUUGGUGAUCAGCGUGGUGGUGCUGAUCGCCAUGCGCUGCUCCAAAUCCACAGAGUACACUUCCAAAUAUCUCCAAGACCCCCAUUAUGACGGCACGCUGUGUCACAGCAUCCAGUACCGAUCCGGAGACAAACGCUACAUGCUGGUCGGACCCAGAAUGAGUAUCGGUUCCACCAUCAUGCCGGGCAGCCGCGCCAACACGUUGCUGAUGUCUGACGCCACAGGCGAGGUAAGGAAUCUCUGCAGUGUUUUUAAUGGGUGUUUCAUUGCAUUAUGGAUUUUAUGA